AGCAACAAAGCAAUCGCUCUCUCUCUCUCUCUCUAAGCAACAAGCAAAAAACUCUCCUCUCCUCUCUCUCUCUCUCUCUCUCUCACUUCGAUUUAAUUUACCCCCAUGAGAACUCUGCUCACAUAGAAGACAACAAAGCCGCUCCACACGUUGCCCGCUGUGAUGUAGAUAUAGAUAGGGAUGAAGCUGCUUCAAGAUGCUAUUAAGUUCAACUGAGAUAGUGAAAAUCUAGUAGAUAGUAUCUGAGAUUUCGAGAUUAGAGGAAUUUCUUGGACAAGAGCAUUGUCUUGCAUCGUUUGUUUUGUCAUAGAUAUUAAAAGAUGUCUUCAUUUGCUCCACAUCAGAAUGGAGAUUGUGUUGAUGGCGUUCCUGUUAAGGAGUAUGACGACUCUGGAGAAGCCAACGCCUCUCCUCUAAUCCAAUCAGAUUGUUAUGAUGUGGGCGAGGAAUUCGGGGAGCCUGAUAUUCUUCCCCGUAUGGGAGAUGAGUAUCAGGUUGAGCUUCCUCCAUUUACUAGAGAGCCCAAUCACGUGUCCUACGCUGAAAUUGGACACCAUUCUCUCCAAGAUUUCUUCGUUGGGUUGCCAAUACCACUGAUUUGGAUUGACUGUGGGAGGCGUGAGGGCCCUAGGACCGUUCUAGGCUCCAGACGUCCGUAUUGUAAGAACGUGAUUGAAAUGGGGAUUUUGUGCAAUGGUGAUAGAGAGCCUUCACACAAUUCAAUGAAGUCGGAGAUGAAGAGUUUACCAGCUGCAGAGAAAACACAAAUGUGCAUCGAUGAAGGUCAUGUUCUGGUUCCCGGAUUACUCAGUGAAAAAUGGAAUGACGCUGAAAAAGCUAGUUUCCUUCUCGCUUUAUACAUCUUUGAGAAGAACUUUGUUGAAGUGAGGCGGUUCGUUGGAUGUAAAGGUAUGGGUGCAAUACUCUCGUUCUAUUACGGGGAGUUUUAUGGCUCUGAUGCGUACCGUAGAUGGUCAGAAGGCCGGAAGACGAGGAGCAAGAAAUGUGUUUACGGGCAGAGGAUAUUCUCCGGGUUGAGGCAGCAGGAGUUCUUGUCUAGAUUGCUCUCUCGAGUCCCGGAAGAAUGCAAAAGUGCUUUACUCGAGGUAUCUAAGACUUUUGCAGAAGACAAGAUAUCAUUAGUCGAGUACGUCUCUUCUCUGAAGACCACAGUGGGGAUGGACCUCAUCGUGGAAGCUGUUGCUGUUGGUUCAGGCAGACCAGACCUCACGGGGAUGGCCUUGGAACCUCUGAAGUCGAACCAUGUGACCCGGUCGGAGAUACCAGCAGGAAAGGCAUGCUCCGCGCUGACAACUUCUGAAAUCAUCAAAUUCUUGAGUGGAGAUUACAGGUUGAGCAAAGCUCGUUCCAAUGACCUGUUCUGGGAGGCCGUUUGGCCGCGUUUGCUGGCACGAGGCUGGCACUCGGAGCAGCCCCAAAACCAGGGUUACGUUGCUGGUUCAAAGUGUUUGGUUUUCCUUCUUCCCGGUGUUAAGAAGUUUUCGAGAAGGAAGUUGGUGAAAGGCGAUCACUACUUCGACUCAGUCACCGACGUGCUGAGCAAAGUCGCAAAAGAUCCCGGCCUGAUCGAGCUCGACAGUGAGGAAGCCAAUGGCGACCAGAACACGGAGAAAGAUGAGUGGACCAGUGACGUGAAGGUGGUGGAAGACGAGAACCAUCCGCCUUCAAGGCAGCGACAUUCGUAUCUGCAGCCUCGGACUCCCAAUCGCAGUGUGGAAGCCAUCAAAUUCACUGUGGUGGAUACGGGCCUCUCCGAUGGCAAGAUAAGAGAGCUGAGGACCCUUCCUCGUGAAAUCUCGAGCACGUUGAUCUCUCUCGACGCUCCUGAAGAGGAAAACAUGGCCGAAUCCGAUACAAUGAACUCCAAUACGUCUGAGAGGCAGACGGAUAAGUCCGGAUCGAAGAAGCUUGCUAGCAGAAAAAACCGCGAUGAUAAUGCCUCUAGUCAUGAUAUUCAUCCCGAUGUUGGCAAACCAUUGGCCCCUUCGAAGAGAAAGAAGGAUUCGAACGACAACCAGAAACCUCGGAAGGUCUCGAAACCUGUGCCAUGCCGGAAGCAGAAACAAGGCUACGUCGAUAAUAUCGCUCACUUCAGCAAACAUUCAGGGAAAUUAGCUGCCAGCACUCAUGAAGAAGCAGGAGAUGGAGUGAUUCUUCACCCUCACUCGGCCUCCACCGCGCCUAGAUUGGAAAACGGAGUGUCUUGCAGCUCCUCAGGCGUGCACGAGUCUAACGAGACGGCUCAAGUUAGCUCAUGUCAGGAUAAGUUGUCGUCUGCCAGCUCAUCGAGAGGUAGCCCGAGCGAGAGCACUGAAUUUCCUCAACCUCAGUUGUUGAUUGAUCUGAACGUAGCCCCGGAAAUUGAGAACAACGGCCUCGCUCCAACUCCGUCAAACGAGCUGGAUAACCAGCCGGUUCAGCCAGCUAGCCGUGGCUUACCAGCACCUUCACCCGUUGAGGCUAGCUCCGAGCAGCAAUCUGUUGCGAACACACGGAGGCUGAGCACAAGGUAUCGCCCUCCAACAACACGGGCAUUGGAGGCCGUGGCGGGUGGAUAUCUGAGUAUAAGCCGGAGGAGGAAGGGUAGGGACACGAGCUCUGUCGAUGCACAACCACCAAGACCCUCACAGCAACCCCGUGUCGGGCCUGGUCCAAGUGAUUCUCCCAGCAGCUCCGUGGCUUCCCCUUCCCAGAUCGGAGAAUCCUCUUCCCAGAUCGUGGAAGCUGACAGAGGCGCAAGCACAAGUGGCACCUCGAACGCAGACAACAAAAACGACGAUCCACCACCAGAAGCUAACCAUCAAGAAGAACAAGCCCCCGGACAGUGAGUUGAACACCAGAGACAGGAAAAUGUGGUACAAAUUCUUGCUGUUUUCUUAACAAAGAUCGAUCACUCUACAUGAAAUCAUAGGCUUCUGGUUCUUGAUGCUCCGUGAAAACGUAGUUAGGUAGCGAUUCUUGAUGAUCAGAGAUAGUUUCUGCUGAUGAUACAUGCUUCCUUCACCCUCAAAAACCCCCUUGCUGUUUGGUGAAUUUACGCGAUGCAGCAGAAACAGUUCUUCAUGUGGCGAACGAGGGUGAUCUGAGGAGACGAAUGUCUUGAAGAGUCGGGUACGAACGAGCCCUCGAGGAAAUCAUGGCCAUGGCUACUAGAUGUGAUUAACAGAUUUUUUUUUUCUUCUUCUUCUCAUCUCUUUUACCCUCAUUGCUUUAGUCUUUGCUGUUAUUGAUGAUCAUAUGGUAAUGAUAGUAUUUUUCUAUAUUUUUUUCUUCCUUUUUUCUUUAGAUGGGAGCAGUAUUGAUAACUAGAAAUCUGUUAUGGGAGUAUUGAUCAAUAAACUACAUUUUGUUGCAUAGUAAUAAAUGAUUUUUACUGUUAA